AUGGUGAUCCUCCAGGGCAACACAAGGUAUGAGCUGAAAACCUGCAGCAGCUCACCGAGGAGACGGUGCUAUGCUCAUUGUAUAGAUGAGGAGCCAGACACUCAUCUCCUCUCACGCCUCCCACACGAGGGUCCACAACUGUACACCAUGGUUAACACAGCGGCGGAAAAGGACGGGCCUUCAUCCUCAUGUAGAACGAGGUUUCUGUCACUCCACAUAUCUAUCAGUCUUGUCCAGACAACAUCGAACACCGACACAUCAGUAUUAACUCUUGUCACCUCGACGUACCGCAGACUGAAGAACGUGGUCCCGCUGUCGAGCAGAAGUUCGUACUAUCUGACCAGUAAUGUCUCCUUCCCUCCUUCCCACCCUCAGGCCCCAGAGCGACAGGUCACUGUGUGUGUCCAUGAGCUCCGCUCUUUAGAUUUUACCUGUGCUGGUGAAUCUGGGAAAAGUACAAUUGUAAAGCAGAUGAAAAUUAUCCACGAGGCGGGGUAUUCAGAAGAGGAAUGCAAGCAGUACAAAGCGGUGGUCUACAGCAACACCAUCCAGUCGAUCAUUGCUAUCAUCCGGGCCAUGGGGAGACUGAAGAUAGACUUCGGUGACUCUGCUCGGGCCGACGACGCCCGCCAACUCUUUGUGCUCGCGGGAGCCGCCGAGGAAGGGUUUAUGACUGCAGAGCUCGCUGGCGUCAUACAGAGGUUGUGGAAAGACGACGGCGUGCAAGCCUGCUUUAACAGAUCCCGGGAGUACCAGCUGAAUGACUCUGCAGCCUACUAUUUGAACGACCUGGACAGAAUAGCACAGCCAAACUACAUUCCAACUCAGCAAGAUGUUCUCAGAACCAGAGUGAAAACGACUGGGAUUGUUGAAACCCAUUUUACUUUCAAAGACCUUCAUUUUAAGAUGUUUGACGUGGGCGGUCAGAGGUCAGAGCGGAAGAAGUGGAUCCACUGCUUCGAGGGCGUGACCGCCAUCAUCUUCUGUGUGGCCCUGAGUGACUAUGACCUGGUUCUGGCUGAAGACGAAGAAAUGAAUCGAAUGCAUGAAAGCAUGAAACUGUUCGACAGCAUAUGCAACAACAAAUGGUUCACGGAUACAUCUAUUAUACUUUUUCUAAACAAGAAGGAUCUCUUCGAAGAAAAGAUCAAAAAGAGCCCUCUCACCAUUUGCUAUCCAGAAUAUGCAGGGUCAAACACGUACGAAGAGGCAGCUGCAUACAUUCAGUGUCAGUUUGAAGACCUGAAUAAGAGAAAGGACACAAAGGAAAUAUACACCCACUUCACCUGUGCCACCGAUACAAAGAAUGUGCAGUUCGUGUUCGAUGCCGUGACCGAUGUCAUCAUAAAAAAUAACCUAAAAGACUGUGGUCUCUUCUAAGUUUUGCAGCUCGUGGUACCGUGCGUUUUCAAGCCAAGUGAGUGCUUAUCUAUGGACUAGAGUCUUGCAGUGACACAGAAUGUAGCAUGAAGCACGAGCGCCCGGAACCCAUCAAAGCCGCUCUGUUGUUUCUUUAGCUAAAGGUCCCAGAAGGGCCUUUCUUCCAUGCGAAGGGUGGUCCUGCCCUGAGGAAAAGAAGGGCUGUGCUGUGGCAGGGCUUCGGGGUGUGGGUGGUGGCUGCACCUGUAAAUAUGCACCUGUAUGGAUAGUGUAUUUAUGACUCCAAGUUUCCACAUGACUUCUCGGUUUUAAGUGUGGGGACUUACAACUCUGGUGUGCUGGCUUUGGAAAUGUCGUUAAAUGUUGAGUACGCUGUACUGAAUGACAGACUAUUACUGUGUUUUCCAGUUUUAAGAAGCUUUAUUUAAGUUCAUGCCCUAGAAAUCGUUAGGUACGGUGAUUAACAUUAGGAAAUGUCACAGCCCUUAUCAUGAAUUAUAUGUAUACUUAUAUUCAUAAAAGUGUUAUUUGUACAAACACUGCACAGACUAUUUUAAUACCAUGAUUUGGUCUUUAAAUUUAAUGUUUUAUUGAAAUGUUCUUCGAGAGGAUGAGUAUAUCUGCCUUGGAAUCAAUGUAAAAUUAUAUAUGCAUUUUAAUUUUUCUUUGAAGAAUGAGUGCAUGCUGCUCUGGAUUCUCAUUAGAUUUGGGUUGAAAAACUAAAAUUCCAGAUUUUUGAAAAUAUUCUGUCUUACAGACAUUUAAUUGUAUUUUUUUUUCACUUUGAAUUUUAAUAUCUGGAUGGUAUUCACCUUAAAGGUGGUGCCAGGUUACUUUUAUACAUUUUAAACAACUACAUUUUUAUUUGUAACUGAGUUUGGGUAGAUGUUGGAAGCAUUUUUGUGGGUACAAAAAACUGUAGCAUAAUGAAUUUUGAGACAUUCAUUUGUGUAUUUCCUUUGGGAAAUCCCUUGUACUUAGCAUACAUUAGUUCUUUGUUUGGAAGAUACCAAGAAAGAUCUUUGAAUACUCUCUUGCUGAUGUUAUGCAAGCUUUAAAUUCAUAUAUGUAACUAGUUUCAGAUUUGAUUGUUCCCUUAGACAUUUAGCUCUCCUUGCCUUUGCUUGAAUUUAUAUUCUUUCUUUUUAAAUUAUUCUAUAAUUUUUGAGAAUUAAAUGGACAAUUACACUUAGAAAAUGAAUAGCAGUACUUAACAGAGUCAGUGAUCGUUUCUGUGUGCAAAUAAGUGUUAC